AUGGAUCUUCUCAAUGCGUUUCAUCGUUUGCCAACUAUCAGUUAUUUCGGUGUCCGACGCGACGAUGAUUUCGCUGAUCGAUUGAAUUAUAAGUACACUGUAGGUUUAUUAAUCUUCUUCUCAAUUGUCAUCGCAGGAAAGCAGUUUUCCAAUGAUCAAAUUCAAUGUUGGGUACCGGCCAUCUUCACUCGGAACUAUGAAAUCUAUGUGUCAAACUAUUGUUGGAUACACAAUACGUACCAUAUUAACAUUAGUGAACCAAAUAUGCAACGGGCACGGGAAAAACGAUAUGUUUUGAGAUACUACCAAUUCGUUCCAUUUAUUUUACUAUUACAAGCUCUGUUCUAUGUUCUACCACGAUUGUUUUGGCGUUCGUUUAGUCGUCAUUCUGGUCUCGAUGUCCGGAAUAUCAUGGAUGCUGCUCAGAAUUUAAAAAGUGUCAAACGUUUUCAUAAACAUAAGACAAUCAUGGCUUAUCUCAUUUCUGUUUUACACCAAUACUCGGGCGAUCCACGCAAACGACCCAAACAGCAACAUAAUCGAAUAAAUACGUAUAUCGAAGGUCUCAUUAGCUGUGUAUUCGGCAGUUCAAACGUGUUUAGUGCAUAUCUGUUCCUACUUUACUUAGUCACCAAGUUUCUAUUUAUACUCAAUGCGUUUGUUCAAUUAUACGCGAUAAGAAUCUUACUCGAAGAAAAAUGGACGGUCAACCAAACGUGGAAAGGUUUCCAGAAGAUAUUUACUGCUGAUGUCUUGCGCAGUAAUCCAUUAUCGAAAUAUUUUCCGAAGAUUAGCAUGUGUGAUUUUCGAAUAAUCGAGCCCAAUAGUGACGAAGGGCAUAAAUAUACAGUUCAAUGUGUAUUGACUAUCAAUGUGUAUAACGAACAAGUAUUUACGGUUUUAUAUAUCUGGAUGAAUUUUGUGUUGGCUGUAACCAUUUACGAUUUUGUCUCUUGGCUGAUGUUUUUAUUUCUUCCACGUCUACGCUAUUCAUUUUUCAGUCAACGGAUUCAAAUCCAACAAAGUAUCACAACUGUACGAACCGGUUUGAACGCCUUUAUUCACGAUUAUUUGCAACAAGACGGAUUCUUCAUCUUCCGAUUGAUACAUUCAAACGUCGGUGAUGAUGUCACAUCGAAUAUUUUAACUCAUUUGUGGAAAAAUUUUCAACGUUCGGAUAAGCCAGCACCACCUGAGAAUAUAUCAGGUGGUCUUAGCGCGACCGUUUCGUUGACAGCAACGGGAAAUCGGAAUAUGAAUCGAUCCGAUGGGCAAGGAGGAUCGAUAUUCGAUUACUCGAAAACUAGUAGUACAAAUCUUUAG